AUGGGGUUGCAGGAGUCAUGUAGGCUACCGAAACGGAAAAGAACUAGGAUGGCGAUCUGUACUUAUAACGCACGUACGCUUGCAUCGGAAGCGACCAUCGAAGAUCUGAUGAUGCAAGCCAAGAAGAUCAAGUACGACGUCAUCGGACUGAACGAGACGAGACGACGUCACCCUCUCAACGUCGUAUAUGAAACUGGAGAAGAGCUGUUCUUAGGAACAUGCGACAGUAGAGGUGUUGGUGGAGUUGGCGUCCUCGUCAACACGAGUAUGGCAAAGAACAUCGACUCUUUCGAACAACUUACGACCCGAAUCGGACGUCUGCGGAAGAGAAUGAGAAGAUGA